AUGACGUCUUCAUUGAAUGCGUUAGACCACAACGAGCAUGCCUUUCAUCUUUAUGACGAUAAUACAGCAGGAUUCAUGGAAAGCCAACUGAUAGCUUUGAUAUUUCGCAACCAGCGGAACGAUGGAGUCAUGGAAGGCCAACUAAAAGAGGACACAAAGUAUCAAGACCAGUUCCAGAAAAUGGCAAGAGAUAGGGACCUUGUCUACAACGAAUCCAAAAUGAACGAGAAAUGA